GUGCAGCGGCGGUUUGUUGCCCGCCGGCUCCGAGCUCUGCCCGCGCCCAUGCGGCACGCGGUGCUGCUGCCCCGUGGGCUUUCGCGCGAGUUUUUCUGCCUGCGUGCCCUGCGAUUCGGUGCUCCGGGACCUGCCGGUGAUCUACCUGCUGCCCGCGGACAGUGGGCGCUACGUCUUCCUCUGCAUGGCGCUGCUGGCGCUGCUGCUGACGCCCUGGCCUUGGGCGCUACUCGCGCGGCUCGGCUGGGCUUCGGCGCUGCAGCGCGCCCAAGAGGAGCCGGUGCUGCGCUACUUGCUGCAACAGUGCCGGCAGCACCUCGUAGAGGACUGGCUGAAGCGGAAAGACGGCUUUGGAGACGGCCCUGUCAAGCUGCAGGUCAGCUCUCUCUCCGGUUAUUCCCAGGAGCUGAGCUUCUCGGAAAAGGCGCUGGUGGUGCAGCUCCGCGGUGCGGCCUCCGCGGCUUUUGAGGUGCCCUUGCAGAGGUGCGGCCUGGUGUUGGGCACCUGGCUUCUGGGGCCCGAGCUGGACUUCAGGACCUUGCCGGAGGUGGGCAUACCAAACGGCGCCGGGAUCGUUCUGGUUUCCUUCAUGAAGGAUGUACAUCGCAGCCUGGGGUGGGAGGACGCCUUCUCCUUCUUCCGGCGCACCGCUCAGAGCUAUAGGGCCUUGGAGUGCCACCAUCGCGCGGAAGAGCUUCGCGAAGAGGAGGCGCCGGAAGGCUGGCGCUGUGAUGGCUGCGACGCACAUUUUCCGCCGGGCACCCGCCUGGCACGCUGCGAAGCAUGCGCCGUAGUCUUCUGCGCCAAGUGCGUUGCGCCGGAGGGCGUUUAGCGGGAAACGACCUUCCGGCGCUGGUUCGAAAUCCAACCACUGGGGGCCUUAAUUUGGGGCU